GAUCCCGUGGGCCCCUUACCGCCCAUCAAGAUGCCGGCGGACAAGGCGGCCUCGGCGCCCGCCACGGCUCGGGGUCCGAAGGCCGACGGCGAGGAGGAAGGCAAGAGCCCCGAGAAGCUCCCGGAGGUGUCCCGACCGCGCUCGGCGGAGACUGCGGCGAAUGAGGCAACCGAGGAGGUGGCCUUCGCGCCGGCCCCUGCAAAGGCGGAGGGCGAAGAGCGAGGCAGGAGCCCGGAGAAGCUUCCGGAGGUAGUGGCCCGGCCCUCCAGGGAGGAGCCCCCAGCGAACGCAACGGAGGAGGAGGCCCCGCCCCCGAAGCCGCUCACCUUGCCGCCGCUGGACACCACGAGCUCGCAGGCACCCAGGGCCGAAGAGGAGGCCGAUUCCCGGGACGAGGCCCCUGGCGACGCCAGUCCCUCAGAUGUGCCGGGCCCGCACAAUGAGGCGGAGCCUAGCAACGACGCAGAGCCGCAGCAGGCGCAGUCCCCGGCCGGGAGUGUGGAGCAGGAGCAGCGGUCGCCACGGUCGCCCCAGUCGCCCCGGUCACCCCAGUCGGCCGAGCGCGUGCAGAAGACUCUGGUG